ACUGUUGCAGGUUUUGAUCUUGAUUCAGGGUUAGCAGCUAAAUACGGAAAAGAACCAACUGACUGGAAACAGUAUUAUCUCUCCAAGAACAAAUCCGCCACAAGCGUAGAAAAGUCGACAGCAGAAAGAGCAGCGGCAGCUACAGAAGAAAAUGCCGACACACAGUUGAUUGAGCAAGCCGACCAAGAAUAUAUCAGCGCAAGAACACAGUUAGAGUCUUUUCAGGAGAAUGGCAAUGUUGAUAUAUUGAUGCAAGUCGCAUCUAAAAUGAUGUGGAUUCUAGAUACCUUUCCUACCCAUGCAGGAUGUUACUACAUAUUAGGCUUCAUUCUCUUCGUUUUAAAUAAGCUCGAAGAAGCUCGCAUUCUACUACAAAUGGGAUGCGGUGUAGAUCCAGAUUUUGAGCCCUUC